UCGAUAAACCACCUUUCAACCACCAAAGAUCCAUGCAGCCCGUUCCUCGGCCGGCGGCGCACAUUUCAAAAGUCGACCAAAGGAUAAGCUCCCUCACCUAGCUUCUUCUUCAUCACUAAGAACAUCUCGACACCAUGCGCGAAGUCAUCUCCAUCCACUUGGGCCAAGGCGGUAUCCAGACCGGCAAUGCGUGCUGGGAACUGUACUGUCUCGAACACGGUAUUCAACCCGAUGGUCAAAUGCCCUCGGACAAGACCAUCGGCGGCGGCGACGAUGCGUUCAACACGUUCUUCAGCGAAACCGGCGCCGGCAAGCACGUGCCUCGCGCCGUGCUCGUCGACUUGGAACCGAGUGUGUGUGACGAAGUCCGCACAGGGACGUACCGUCAAUUGUACCAUCCGGAACAGAUCAUCUCGGGCAAGGAAGACGCGGCCAACAACUACGCCCGCGGCCACUACACGAUCGGUAAAGAAAUCGUCGACCUCGUACUGGACCGCAUCCGCAAGUUGGCCGACAACUGCACGGGUCUCCAGGGGUUCUUGGUGUUCAACGCCGUGGGCGGCGGGACCGGCUCGGGCCUCGGCGCGCUCUUGCUCGAGCGGUUGUCGGUCGACUACGGCCGCAAGUCCAAGCUCGGGUUCACCAUCUACCCGUCCCCCCAGGUGUCGACGGCUGUCGUGGAGCCGUACAACUCUGUGCUGUCGACGCACUCGUUGCUCGAACACACGGACGUGGCUGUGAUGCUGGACAACGAAGCCAUCUACGACAUUUGCCGUCGGUCUCUGGACAUUGAGCGCCCCACGUACACCAACUUGAACCGGUUGAUCGCGCAAGUAAUCUCGUCGCUGACGGCGUCGCUUCGCUUCGACGGCGCGUUGAACGUGGACGUGACCGAGUUCCAGACCAACUUGGUGCCGUACCCGCGCAUUCACUUCAUGUUGUCGUCGUACGCGCCGGUGAUCUCGGCCGAGAAGGCGUACCACGAGCAGCUGUCGGUGGCGGAGAUCACCAACAGCGCGUUCGAGCCGGCGUCCAUGAUGGCCAAGUGCGACCCCCGCCACGGCAAGUACAUGGCGGCAUGCCUCAUGUACCGUGGCGACGUGGUGCCCAAGGACGUGAACGCGGCCGUGGCGACCAUCAAAACGAAGCGCACGAUCCAGUUUGUGGACUGGUGCCCCACGGGGUUCAAGUGCGGGAUCAACUACCAGCCGCCGACGGUCGUGCCCGGCGGUGACUUGGCCCGUGUCCAGCGUGCCGUGUGCAUGAUUUCCAACACGAGCGCCAUCGCCGAAGUGUUUAGUCGCAUCGAUCACAAGUUCGACUUGAUGUACGCCAAGCGCGCGUUUGUGCACUGGUAUGUGGGCGAGGGCAUGGAAGAAGGCGAGUUUUCCGAAGCGCGCGAGGAUUUGGCUGCGUUGGAGAAGGACUACGAAGAAGUGAGCGCCGAAACCGCCGAGGGCGAAGGCGAAGAGGAGGACGCGGGCGAAGAAUACUAAGCCACGACUCAACGUCCAUUGUGACGAUUGCAUUGGUCUUAGCACGAUGUCUAAUACAUUCCUGUUUUUCCGGA